AUGGAAUUCCGGAAAAACUUUAUAGUGAUAAUGGAGCACAUUUUGUAAACCAAUUGAUCAAAAAGAUAGGAAUAAUGUUUCACAUUAAUCUAAAAAACCACUGCGCAUAUCACCCUCAAAGUGCAGGAUUAGUGGAACGAAUGAAUGGCACUAUAAAAAACCGUUUAAAGAAAUGUAUUGAAGAAACAAGGAGACCUUGGACUCAGUGCAUAGAUUUAGUGAAAAUGUACAUCAACAUAACAGCAACUUCAGGUUUAACUCCAUAUGAAAUGUUGUUUGGUAGACCAUACAGGCUGCCACAGUUUAAAAAUCAAUGGGAGCUGAGUGAAGAAACCAACCUAGCAGACUAUAUGAGAAAAAUGUUAGAAAAACAAAAAGGAAAACAAGCUGAUGAAAAUCCUUCUGUUUCUCAACAGGAGAUCCAAUUAGUGGGACCAGGCGAUUGGGUGCUGAUACGAAGCAUUAAGAGAAAACAUUGGCACUCUCCCAAGUGGGAAGGGCCUUAUCAGGUAUUGUUGAACACUCCCACAGCCAUAAAAAUAGCUGAAAGAUCCACGUGGGUACAUCUUACUCAUUGCAAAAAGGUCAUCUCCUCCGACAGUUCCGCAGAGAAAAGUGACUCACAGUCUGAUAAUAGAGUGGACUCAGGUGUGUAGAACCUGAGUAGACUCGAAAGUCAGUGAAGUAUUUCCAAGACACCAGACUCAUUAGAGGACACUCUCGGGGAAGAUGGCGACUAGAUGGAUAAGCGAUGCAAUUAGGUGCUGGGGAGUGACAAUUGUAUUCAUAUUAAUUUUUCUUUUUACCUGGUACUUAUGGGAAGCUCCUGGAACUUCCCUAAAUAGCACUCAUGUUCCGCCCACUUCAUCCCAAGGUAUCACCCAACCACAUGCUAGAGUAAAACGCGGAGUAGGAUAUUAUCGGCCCACUAGCGUUCUGACGACUUCAAAAAACCAUGUAAUGCGACCGGAGAAACGACGUCUAGGACCUAUAUUUGCUACAAUACCACUACCUUUAUCAGCACAGUAAUCAUCCCUAUGAACUCCUUUCAGUUGGGCGGUUAUGUAGGAAGCGAGUGGUAUGAUUGGACAUUCUAUUUAAACUCAGUGGGUUUUAAACAAACAGGUAUAGACUGGGGAUGGGUUUUCGCCACCACUGAUAAAACCUGGAGGUCCGAUUCCUAUGGCUGGCGACCAUGGGCACAAUAUUGGUCACGUGUGUUAACUCUAGAAAAGAUAAAACUUGGAAACUCACCCUCCUUAGUUUUAAGAUUUAAUACCACAGUCAAUCCAUUAUUGGAAAAAACCCCGUCGAUGCCUAACUAUCCAAAUCCACCUUGUUACAUUUUAGCUCUGUGUGCCUAUUGGCCAAGUCAUACAGACCCAUGCACUUAUGUGGCACUGUGCCCUAACAUUACAGAAACACCCACUGCCGCAACAGACUCAGAUUUGCAACCUGUGCCAGGACUGACGUUGGGGCCUAGGUCCACAACUAAAGUAAAGAUAAAGAUCCUCAAUAAAAGACCUGACACUGACGAGUGGUUUCAAGUAACCACUGGAGUGUCAGGGAAAAACAAUAAUUGGCUGUUAAUGGUAGAGCAGGCAGCAAAUGCAACUAAAGCCGACUGUGUUGUGUGUAUGGGCCCCCGCCCCUUACUACAAAUAGUUCCUGCACCUAUUCCAGCUGAAUGCCUGUUGACUGUCAUGAGCAAGACAGUUCCAGGACCAAAUUGCAGUUAUUGGGAUGGUAUCUUUCCAGUAACAAAAGGCGUAAGAAUCAAACCUCUAUUCCCUAAACAUGUAGCACCAGGAAACUUCUCAUGUAUUAACCUGACCGGUAGGGGAACUCGUUUAGGUAGCCUUGCAGAGAUAGCAUGUCCAGUUACACUUCCUGUUUUUACACCCUUCACCCCAGUGUCUCGGGCUGACAUAUGGUGGUGGUGUGGGGAUGAGAGAUUAUUUGACAAAUUGCCUAAAGGUAAUACAGGAUUGUGUGCAUUGGUAACCCUAUUGCUACCAGUAAAUGUGUACCCCAUAUCAGCUGAUGCUCUGUAUACACAAAUAAACAGUACAAUGCCCAGUGAGUGGAGACAGAAACGCUCCUCCUGGCGCUCUGAAACUGAUCCUACAUAUAUAGACGCUAUAGGAGUUCCUCGCGGCGUACCAGACAAGUACAAGAUAGCAGAUCAGGUGGCUGCAGGGUUUGAGUCCCUGUUCUGUUGGUGGUGCACGAUUAACAAAAACGUAGACCGAAUCAAUUACAUCCAUUAUAACGUACAGAAAUUGGGCAAUUGGACACAGAGUGGGUUUGAGGCUGUUCAUGGACAGCUUUCCUCUACGUCACUGAUGGCAUUCCAGAACCGCAUAGCUCUUGAUAUGUUGCUUGCAGAGAAAGGAGGAGUGUGUGCUAUGUUCAGAGAGCAAUGCUGCACCUUCAUUCCUAACAACACUGCAGCGGAUGGCAGUCUCACCAAGGCCAUAGAAGGGUUGAAAACUCUGAAUGGUAAGAUGAAAGAUCAAUCUGGUGUAGACGGCACUAUGUGGGAUUCUUGGUUGGAUGCUUUUGGGAAAUACCGAACCUUGGUGUCCUCAAUUCUAAUAUCUCUAGCAGUCUUUGCUGCAAUAUUGACCUUAUGUGGAUGUUGUUGUAUUCCGUGCCUGCGUUCUUAACCCAGAUGUAUCCACUCCUGCAACAAAAACAAAAUGACGAUGAAGACACAGAUGACGAAUCAGAAUAUUGGCCUGAUUUGUUCCCUGAUCCAGGUGACUAUGAGUCGCCCCUGUAAUUAACCUAACACACACUCUGAGUGUAAACAUUUUGCCAGACUCAUAAAAAUGAUCUUGCAGUCGAAAAUCUAGCGAAGAGACUGAUUGAGUGAUAUGAGAAUUUGAGAACAAAAUGUGAUAAACAGGAGGGAAAUGUUAGAAUAAAAAUGUACAUAAGUUAUCCCAUUUAUGUUUUGUUCUUAGUAGCCUUUAAAGUACACAGCAAUGCUGUGUGUAUAUGUGUGUUAUUAAACUUGUGUGUGAGAAUAACAGGAAUGCACCCUGCCAUCCUAUGACCGACAGGGCAGGCUGACACCGCACCAGAUGGUCUCAUGAGUUGUGGCUGGCCUCAAGGCCGCUCUCACGAGAUAGACCUGACAACACCACUUUGUUUCUUUUCUUAUUGUAGUAGUAUAUACUUCCCCCACCCUUUAGAAAACUAUGUAACAGGGAAUCUCCUAAACUGAAUAAAAAAGAGGAGGCUGCAUGGAUGCACUUCAGAGUGAGUAAGAGAUGUAACUGAAUGCAUC